AUGUCCUGCUUGUAUACAAUCGAUUCAAAGAAAUUACAUGGAAUUAAACCAAAACUACCGUUUUUACAUGAAGAUGAAACAAAAAAUGUGCAUAUGAUCAACAAAAUAUCGUCAAAUAAACGAAAUAAUUUAUCUGAUUUUUUGACAGAUGAAAACAAUUUAAAAAAAUUUACAUUGACAAAAACUGAUUCGGUGACAACAUCCUCAUCAGCAGUUAAGGAUGAGACGUCGACAGAAACAACCGUCAAAAAUCAGAACACAAAAUUUUUAAUAUCUGAUUUAAAAGUAAAAUUCAAUAAUCUUGUUUCUAUUUUUAAUCCCGAAAUACUCGAAUUGUAUAAUCAAUUUCGUACUAAACCGGUAGCCGGAAACGAUACAAUAACAAAUUCAAUUUUACAUAUGAUACCAGAUGAGCAAAAACAUGUUUUUAAUGGUUCAACAAAUAAACUGAUUACGGUCGAUGAUAACAAAUUAGUAAUGGAUCAAUUACGUACGAUGGAGUAUGUUCAAUUACAAGCAAUUUACAAAAUAUUACAACAACAAAAUAAAAAAUUGCAAACAAAAGUUGACCAAUAUCGUCAUGAUCCAACUCUCCAGAAUCCUCAUCAAUUAUUGUUUGAUUCUGUAAAGAAACAAACACUUGAUAAACCAACAUUUUGUUUAUUAAUGGAGAAAAUUAUAAUAAAAACGGAAUUUUGUUUAGAUCAAAUAAUUGAAAAGUGUUUAACCAAUGUUAUUGAUCAGUUACAAGGACAAAUGGUGAAUAAUGAUGAUAAAAAUUUACAACCGAUUGAAAAUGAAAUACAAAAAUUUAAACAUGACGUUAAAAAUCAAGCCAAUAUUUACAAAGAAUACUGUAAGAUUGAAAAACAAUUGACCGAAGAUAUUUUUCAAUUAGUCGACUUAUCCCAUCAAUCUGUCAAAACGACAAAAAAUUUUCGUCAAUUUGUUACGUCACUUUAUGAUGCCAGUUAUGCACAUCGAUUACAAGCGGUUGAGUGUAAAAUUCUUAAACGUCAAAUGGAUUCAAUUGUACUCGGUUUUUUUCAUGAUCUUGUCCAUUUACAACUUGUUUGUUCGAAUAUUGGAAAUAUCUCAACAUGGGCAACAUAUUUAGCUGACACAACAAUGAAACAAAAGGAUGUACAACAGAAACUAACCUUUGUUAAUGAUGAUCAUUCAGAUAAGUUAAUGCAAUUUGUUUAUUCGUUAUUAAAAAAGGAAAUAACAUCCUGGAAUAUAGCACCAUCAGAUUCAUUAAAAACUAGCUUCACAUUGAUACGAAAAUUAAUUCAAUAUGGAAUGAUUGCAAACAAUUUAUAUCGUACACUAGGCAGUUGUUUAGAAUCGUUUAAUUCUAAAUUAGAUGACGAUAAGUUUACACUGUAUUGGACAACAAAAACAAUACGCUUAGAUAUUGCUUGGAUUCUUGACGAACGUUUAUUUCAAAAUUUACCAUUAACAACAUCUUAUUGUUGUCAACCACAACAUAAUGGAAUUUGUGAUGAAUUAGAAAUAUUACUUGGAAAUAUACAUCCGACAGAUGGUUCAUUAGUGUUGUUGUAUGAUCAAGUGAAUAAAAAAAUUCAGCCAUGGCUCUCUACAAUUGAACAAAUAAAUGAACAAGAAAACAAACUAGAUGAUGAUGGACAAAGUAAUAAAAAGAAAGUCAAAUUAACAUUACCAGAAUUAAAGAAUGCUCUAAUAAAUUUAGCUGAAAAAAAUUAG